GGGAGUUCACAUGGGGAGGGCAGGGCCAGAGGUUUUAUAAGCCCAGGCUAUUCUCCUCCGGCAUUCUUUCUGCUCUUUUCAAUGUUGGAUCAAGGGGAAUGCUGUAUCACUCCACAGGAGCCCUGUGAUAUCCGUGGAUCUUUUUUGCCUGGAUUUUUCAUAAAGACCAACACGCUUGGUUUUUUGGGAAAACAACAUGAACCACCUUCUUGAAAAAUUGUUCAUUUUCCUCCUUUUCAUUAUUCUGCUUGGAUCUUUUUUUCUUGGGUUAUUUCCUGUUUGGAAGAUGAAAAUGACAGGUUUCGAAGACAUUUGGCUAAAAAAGCAACGUAAUCGUAGAGACAUCCUGAAUAACACCUGCCUGAAGAAUAGUUCGUCGAGUUCAGAAUGGCAAUUGGAGCAUAAUGUUGCUUGGCAGCUUUUUGUCGAUGAGAAUCAUAAAUUUAUUUACUGUGAAGUGCCAAAAGUCGGUUGUUCAAAUUGGAAGAAAAUCAUUCUACUCUUUACACUCAACCUAAGCAGGGAUACAACGGAAGUAAACCAUGAGAGAAUCCACACAACAAAACUUCUCAAGAGGUUGAGUACUUACCCUCCUGAACAGCAAAUGGAGCUUCUCAACACCUAUACUAAAGUGAUGUUCAGCAGACAUCCUCUGGAAAGAUUGGUCUCUGCUUACAGAGACAAGUUCUUGCACUCUGAGCCCUAUUACAGUAUCACAGUGGCAAAUGAGAUCAAAGUAUUCUCUAGAAAGGACAUAAAUUCCACAAAUAAAAUAACAUUCCAGGAGUUUGUCAACUAUCUGGUAACAAGGAAUCAAAGCGAUAUGGAUAUACACUGGAAGCCCAUGUUUUUGCUCUGUGAUCCCUGUAACAUCCACUAUGACAUUUUGGGGAAGUUGGAGACUUUGGCUGAAGAUGUUGACCAUGUUCUUAGGAGAAUUGGUGCGCCAGAGAGUCUCCAUUAUCCAAAUGGAAAAAUGAAUAGUUCAGAGAAACGGACCAGCAAGGCUAUCACCUCAGCUUACAUCAAGCAACUGAGUUUUGAGCAAAUGCAGAAGGUCAAGCAGGUUUACCAGAAAGAUUUCUCCUUGUUCAACUAUUCUUGCAACUGACUUUUUUCUAUAAGAUUCAAUCAUAGCUCUGGAAUUAUCUCUGAAACUCAGGGUCUUCAGGAAUAAUAUAAGGGAUGUUCUAUUGCAGUACUGUGACCGAAUUCCCCAGUCAGAGACACUUAAAAUUUAGAUGCUAUCGUCAGUCCAUUCUAAUCAAUCUCGAAUAGUAUUUUGAAAAUUGAUUUCAUAUGCUAAUUUUUGCAUACAUAGUAGAUUUUCCUGAUAACUACUGUUUUAUUUUGUUAUUUUCCUGAUAACUACUGUUUUAUUUAGCUUACACUCAUAAAUGCAAUUUUAUUUGGGUAGCUGUGAGGUUUCCAGGCUGUAGUACCAUGUUCCAGAAACUUUCUCUCCUGACAUUUUGCUCAUAUUUAUGACAGGCCUCCUCAGAGGUUGUGAGGUAUAUUGGAAACUAGGGAAAUGAGGCUUAUAUAUCUGUGGAAUGAUGUCCAGGGAGGGAGAAAGAACUCUUUUCUAUUGGAGGCAAAUGUGAAUGUUGCAAUUAAUCACCUUGAUUAGCAUUGAAAAGACUUGCAGUUUUUAGGCCUGGCUGAUUUCUGUCUGGGGAAACCUUUGUUGGGAGGUGUUAGCUGGUCCUGAUAGUUUAAUGUCUGGAAUUCCCCUGUUUUCUGAGUCUUGUUCAUUAUUUACUAUCCUGAUUUUAGAGGGUUUUAUUUAAAUACUGAUUUUGUUCAUUUUCAUGGUUUUCUCCUUUCUGUUGAAAUUGUCCACAUGCUUGUGGAUUUCAGUAGCUUCUCUGUGUAGUCUAACAUAGUGGUUGAUAGAGUAGUCUAGCAUUUCUGUGUUCUCAAAUAAUAUACUGUGUCCAGGUUGUCUCAUCAAGUGCUCUGCUACGGCUGAGUUCUCUGGUUGAGUUAGUCUGCAGUGCCUUUCAUGUUCUUUGACUCGUGUUUGAGCACUGCGUUUGGUGGUCCCUAUGUAGACUUGGCCACAACUGCAUGGUAUACGGUAGACUCCUGCAGAGGUGAGAGGAUCCCUCUUGUCCUUCGCUGAACAUAACAUUUGUUGGAUUUUCUUAGUGGAACUGUAGAUAGUUUGUAGGCUGUGUUUCUUCAUCAGCUUCCUUUGCUACAAUGUGAAGAUUGUGAAAUUGAGAUAUCUGGCAGAUACUCUCUCACAGACACUAAGGGACAGCUUAAAAACUGGAGCUAUUUUUAAUUGAUCAAUGAAUUUUAGUAUAUUUAAAGAUGUUUAUAGACUGAUCUUCACUACCACCACAGAGCGACCAUUCAGGAUAAAUACUCUUAGUAAAAGAUGGGUAUCUUUAAGAAAUUUCUUACCAAAAAGCAACUAGCAAAUACUGCAGUAAGGCUGUGAAGAGCAACAGACCUACAUAACAAAUCUGUAAAACAGAGCAAUGAGUUACAACAAAAACAAAAGGGGUAAGUGCUGCGUCUGAAGCAGAUGAACCAUGGUAGUGGAAGUGGUGCCAAACUGCAUGCAUUCUACAAUAUAUGGUCACCUCUAGGGUCGAUACAGAGUAUUGCUGCAUCAUUAAUUAAGAGGUCAUGUUGGUAACUCCAAAGCAUCUCAGUUUCUCUAAAAAAAUUUUCUAUUUAUAGAAGUACAGAAAAGGGUUUUAAAAGUUUUUCUAUUCUCCUUCUUCUUUCCCUCUUUGUUGUUGGCAUAUUUCCAUUGCUGCAAAGGAAAGAUGCCAUUUGAACAAUACUAAAACACAUGUGUGCACGCGCAUGCAUGCACACACACACUCAAAGGAGCAUAUUUCUGUGGUAAGAUAGGGAGCCCUGGCACCACAAAUUAAAAUGAAGAAGUACAGAGAAGUGUACUCUAAGAGAUAAAAUAUACAGCUACAUAGGUAUGAACCAGUUAGAACAGUGGUUUCCAACACUUUUUUGGCCAAUAACCACUUUGACCAGGGACCUCUCUCCAACAUUAGUACCAAAAAGGUUACGAAUCAGUUUUUGGUCAACUUUAGAUUCAGUUUGGUUAUUUGUGGUGCUGAUUCAGAAAAUUGCAUCGGAUAGACCACGUCAGCUCUAGUUUCUUUCUCUCACACUCCUCCAAUGGCGGCACGCACCCCCAGAGCAUAUGCAGUUGUAAUUUUCCCCGCAUGUUUUGUGCAAACAAACAGACAAUGUAUCGAUUUUUUAAUAUUAGAGUAAGAGUGUUUUGUAUAUGGUCAAUUAGAAGCUAUAUGUUAACAAAGGAAAAACUGAAUACUAUUGUGUUCAAGCAUGUACCUAUCAAUAACUUUUGCCAUUUUGAUCACACUCCAAUAGUACCUGGUCAUGUCUUCCUCUGUGAAUUACUAGAUGGUAUGUACUUCCAGCAGAGAAAUCCGGUUCUUUUUGUGGGGGUGGGAGGGGAAGAGAAGAAGGCAAUACUUUGUCAUGGCUUCUCCUGCCCCUCCGUCACAGGGCGGGGCUUUGGCCUCCACAGUGGUCAGCUAAAAAUGGGGGAGUGGAGAAUAUUUUCCAUGGGGAGGAAGCCCCACAUCACCUCACUCAGAGGGUAUGAGGAAAAUGGCAAACAACAUGAGGGAAGGGAUGAGGUAAAUGACAGAGGUGAGAGAGUAACUGUUGGGAAGAAUGACUAGAACUAAUCUUUCCUCUGUGCCUUCCCCUCAAACAACUAAGGGAGCACCCUCCCUCUUGAAUUUGGGGUGUGAAUUGGUAAGAGAUGAGAAAAGCUAUGACUCAGCUAAGAUAAAAUAAAACUAACUGAACUUGUGGUGACUUUAAGGAUUAUAAAAUAAAUCUCCAUAAAUAAACAUUAUAGAGAUGUUAAAAGGUCUUAUCGCCUGAGUCAACUUCCUUGUGGUGGCCUCAUACUGCCUGUCUUUCCCGUCUUUGUGCACCUUCUCUUCAAUACAACCAGGGCAUUAACUUCUCUUCAAUACAAUUAGGAUGCCAACUUCUAUUUCCUUAUGGUAACUGGAGGCAUUUUUAUUCAUAUAUUUCUGUGUGUGUGUGUAUGGCUGAAUGCAUACCUGGAAUAUUGUUUCUCCUUACCUUGAUUCUAAUCCUGAACAUAUAGUGUUCCUCCAGCUUUGAAAUGAAAGCACUUCUUUUAAAUACUUAAAGACUUUAGUACAAUUUUAAAAAGGACACCCUUUUUCUCUCAGGAGAACUGAUGCUUCGGAGUCUCAUGAACCACAUUAAUGGGCCAACAAGUAUAUCACUCUGAAUUACCUCAGGGAACUGAGUUUGAAACUUAAGUUAAAAGUGGCACUUAGAAUGACAGAGACUUCUAGUGUACUCUCUUGAAUUACUAUAGCCAUUGUACCUUGAGAGGGAAGAUUUGGAUUGAAUCAUGUAGUGGAAAUUAUUAGUUCAGCAAAUUAUGUUGGAGCAUUCUAGCAGAACUCUAAGAGUGCAUCUACAUUGCAGCAUUAAUGCAAUUUGAUACCCCUUUAACUCCCAUGACUCAAUGCUGUGGAAUCCUGGGAUCAUAGUUUGGUGAGGCACCAGCACUCUUUGGCAGAGAAGGCUAAAGACCUUGUAAAACCACAACUCUCCUAAUUCCAUACCAUUGAGCCAUAACAGUCAAAGUGGUGUCAAGCUGCUUUCUACAUUGUAGAUGCAUCCUCAGUCUCUUAACAAAUAGCAAAUUCUAGGAUUUAGAAAUGAACCCUGGCAAUGAAAGUGAUAUCAAAUUGCUAUAACUGUGUAAAGUUGUUUCCUACAGUACUUAUGGCUGUUUUAACCUACCUCACAACCUCUGAGGAUGUCUGCCAUAGAUGUGGGUGAAACGUCAGAAUACUUCUGGAACAUAGUCAUACUCACAGCAACCCAGUGAUUCCGACAAUGAAAGCCUUUGACAACACACUGUUUUAACCUUCUUUGGUACAAAUCAUCCCUGAUGUUCCAACAAUAUAAAUGCACUGUGGGAAAGUGUCUGCAAAUGCUUGUGCAGACAAAUCUAAGAACAAUAUCAAUAUGAAGGAAGUGUCGGGGGAGAGUCUGCUUCCAAAAGCUUGCUCUCACCUCCAUAUCUCCACUGACUGCUGCAUGUUUUUGUAUGAAGAUAUCUAUGGAUCCUUUAGAAUUGAAGGGUGAAAGUGAAUGAGAAGGCUGAUAGCUCCAUCAUAAGAAAGGACUAUUAGGUUCUGCUCUCUCCUUCUGAAUCAUCCCACACAAUCUGGCCGACAGCACGUCACAAGGCACAACAAGGUGUCUGCAAAAUAGAAAGCUGCUAAUGACUCAUUAGCCAUCUGCUGUAGAGGAGGACAUUUCCAAUCUGACACUGUCAUUCAAAAAUUAGAAUUGCAUUGUAAACAUACUUUGUACCCGGAUACAUAGAAUAAUGAUGUUUUGCAGUCCAAUUCUCUUGGAAUAAAUAUAAGAGCCAAACA